AUGAAAACACUUUCAUAAAAAAUCUUCUUCCCCUUUAGUAAAUAAAACACUGACCUAAAAUUAGUCUUAAAAGACCUAAUUCCCUAAAAGCAAGCCGAACUUUAACUAAUAAAAGAAAAGUAUGGUGAUAAAAUAGUCGGCGAAUACAAUGUUAAAUAAGUAAUUGGUGGUAUGAGAGGAAUAAAAGGCCUAAUGAGUGACCUUUCACGUUGUGACCCUUGGAAAGGUAUUAUGUUCCGUAACUAUUCAAUACCUUAAUUAAAGGAAUUUCUCCCUAAAUACGACUCUAAACAUCAUGAAUAAAAUAAACUCGAGCCUCUCCCAGAAGGUAUUUUUUGGCUCCUUAUGACCGGAGAACUCCCUAAUUAAUAAUAAGUAGAAAGUAUAAAAAAAGAAUGGUAACAUAGAGGUGUAUUGGAUAAAUCAGUAGUCGACUAUAUAUUAUCUUUACCUUAAGAAUUACACUCUAUGACUAUGCUUUCUAUGGCUGUUUUAUAUUUAUAAAAAGACUCAAAAUUCGCUCAUUUAUAUGAUGAAGGUAGAGCCGUUAAAAAAGAAUACUGGAUUUAUUUCUAUGAAGAUGCUAUGGAUUUAAUAGCCAAGAUUAACAAAAUCGCAGCCAUUAUUUACAGGCACAAAUAUCAUAAUUCAUAACUUAUUGAUUCACAUUCAACUUUAGAUUGGGCAGGAAAUUACAGUCAUAUGUUAGGCUUUGAUAACAUUGUAGUCCAAGAAUGCUUAAGAGGUUAUUUAUCAGUACAUUGUGAUCACGAAAGUGGAAAUGUAUCUGCUCACACUACUCAUUUAGUCGGUUCAGCCUUAUCUGACCCUUAUCUUUCCUAUUCUGCUGGUAUAAACGGUUUAGCAGGUCCUCUACAUGGUUUAGCCAACUAAGAAGUCUUAAAAUGGAUGCUUGAUUUCGUAAAAGAAAAAGGAUUUGAAGUAUCUGAUAAAGAUAUUGAAGACUACGUAGAUUCUGUAAUCUAAAGUGGAAAAGUAGUACCUGGUUAUGGACAUGCCGUUUUGAGAGAUACUGACCCCAGAUUCCAUCAUUAAUAGGAUUUCGCACUUUAAUAUAUGAAAGAUGAUAAAUAUAUUAAACUUCUGCAUUAAUGUGCAGAAGUUAUCCCAAAAAAACUAAAAAGUUAUCACAAAAUAGCUAAUCCUUAUCCAAAUGUAGAUUGUCAUAGUGGAAUUACUCUAUAUGCUUUAGGAUUAAAGGAAUAUUAAUAUUAUACUGUUAUUUUUGCAGUUUCUAGAGCCUUAGGAUGUAUGGCAAAUUUAAUUUGGUCUAGAGCUUUUGGACUUCCUAUUGAAAGACCAGGAUCAGUUGAUUUAUAAUGGUUUAAAGAUAAGUAUGGACAUUAAUGAUGUGUGUUUUUUAUAAAAAAAAAUAUUAUUUUAUAACUCUAAUAUAAACAAAAAAUUAAAAAAUUAAAAUG